AUGUCAUGUCCGAAUAACGUAGCGCCCGGUAACUUCCUCAUGGAUUCCUUAAUGGGAGGAUCAUCUUCCUUCAGGGGUGACGGUUAUUCCAGCAACCCCGGAAUGUACAUCCACACAGCAGCAGCAGAGUACGGAUACUCAGUGAUGAGAAACAUGGGCAAGGUUGGAGCCUCUUCACUCUCCAAAAGAGAUGAGCUUCCUCCUCCGGGCGCUGAGCCUCACAGCGGCUUCCAGGAUGCGUCCUACCUGUCCGCACAGCUGCCCACAUGGACCCCAGGCUCCAAACCCGGCAGGGACCAGCAACCUGUUGCCCAGUGUUUACAGCCCUGCUCGUUUCCAGCGGGCAGCGUCAAAGAGGAGGCGUUUUGUUGCCUCUAUCAGGAUGACAGCAAUAAGGGGAAACAACAGACAACAACAGAGUCAACCACUUACAUCCGGCUGGGAGACAAUAGCUGCCGGCCUGAGCGGACCUCCGCCUCGUCCAGUGGCUGUUUCCAGGUGUUCAACAGCACAGAGAGGCCGCAGCAGGACGAGCAGCAGCAAGAGCAGCAGCAGCAGUUUCCCCUUGGCUUCUCUCUCACACACUUGGCGUCAUCUGUUGAGUCAGCAUCAGAGGCGACAAUAAGUUGCAGCAAAAAAACAGCGAAUGAGACAGGAAGAGAGGUUCUAGAGGCAGAUGUGAGUGUGAGCAGGAAGGAGGAGAAGGCCAAGAGUGACAGCUGUUCUGAAAACUCGGACGGGGAAUCAAAAGGUACACUGUACAUCCUCCUCCCUCCUCCCCCCUCCUUUAUACACGCACACACACACAUACAUACGCACACAUAAAUACGCACAUAUAGACGCACAUUUACUCCAACAUAUCAGACUACUUUGAGGAGAUUAUUUAUCACGUGCAUUAAUUCGGUUGGUGUUUUGUGCACGUUGUGUUGCACCACAGCGAGCUCAUAAUGCAAAGCUGGAGUUUGAUAGUAGUCUUAGGAGGCUGGAUGGGCCUUUGACAAGCUCGCCUAGCAGGGGUUACGAUGCCCCUGGUAUUUAACACCCUUCCAUUAAUGUGAGAAUGUGAGAUGGGCAGUUAUCAGUGAAAUAAACACGCGCUUUCUCUUUUGCACGCACGCACAAACACACACGCUCACACACACGAGUUUUUCUAUUAUUCCUCUGUCUCUGUGUAGGAUAUCAUUUACAUUAGAGUCAGGAUUUUACGCAUUGAAAUUAGCUGUAUUAAUCCUACUUCAAAGUUUUAAGGAUAUGAUCCAAAGUUGAUGAUAAUUCGUCGUAUUGCUCUUUUUUAUUUUAGACAACUACAGAGUUUAUUAUGAAAUUAUUAGCUAAAAAAUGUGUCACUUAAACGCAUAAAUGUGACGAUAAUUUAGUCCGCUGGAUUAUUUUGAACCUUUCUUCUCAUUUUGUUAUGAUUGACACACUACAAGUUUGAGUGUUUUGACUGGUUUGCCUAUUCAGAGUGAUUUGUGAUGGUUGACGUUACGUUAUUUUUUUUUUUUUACGUACACGUUUUUUUUUAAACGUACUCGCACAAUUAUCAUUACGCAGUGUUAUAUGUUGGAAUUUCUGUAUUUUAAAAAUUGAUUGUUGACCAACACAACAUACACCAGCGCAUUAACACCAACACACACACUCCCUUUUUAACUUUAGAGCACUUUAAAAAAAACGGUUCCGUGUGUGUUUUACAGUUAAAUGGUUUCUGCUCACACCUCCAUACACGACUAUUUACUGACUAUUUUCAUUCUAUUUCAAAUUAAAUUAUUUUAAGCGUCGAGGCAGGCAAUCUGCUUGUUUUUAUUGUCUUAAUGUGUGCAUGGAUGUGUGUGUGUGUUUGUGCGCGUGUGUGUGCCAUUAAUCCCAUGUCACUGAAUUAAAUGUUUUGCUAAUAAUUAAAUGUGGGCCACACACUGAAUGUUCACAUUAGGGUAAUUAUUACUGUAACAUACGGCAUGUGUGUGUGUGUGUGAGGGGGUGCAGCGUGUGUGUGUGUGUGUGUAUUAGUGAAUGUGUGUGUGUGUGAGAGAGAGUGAAGCAGAGGCGUUAUUCCCCUGAGCCCGCAGCCUAAUCAAGGAAUUAACUGGAUGUGCAGCAGUGUUAUUUCCCUGCUAACAGCGACAUGCCUCCUCGUUUCCUUUGUUUUUUUUAUUUUUUUCAUAACUCGUGUAUUGUGCAUCAGAGACUUCCUCCUUCCUUUUGUUUUGGGGAUGCACCUUCGAGAAAAAAAAAAUCAUUCUGGCUCCGGUGUGCAGAGGUAAUAAAAUUUUAUAGCAGUCUGAGGUCCAACGCAGACAAAAGAAAUGCUUACACAUCCCGCUUUGAUUUGAUCUAAUUAUAGCAGUACAUCACCCAAAAGCAAUUUGCAAGCUGUAGUAGUAGUUGUUGCAAAAGGUGGGAUGUUCACUUGUUCGAAAGAGAGAGUCGGAGAGUCCACACCCAGGUAAAACUCUGCUUUUCAACUAUACUCUGUUUGCUACAAAUCAACGCUGCUGUAUAUGCGUGUGUGUGUGAGAUAUGGGCGUGUUCGCAGCAUCCAGUGUAUUGAUGGACGUUGUGUAGCUGCAUUUUUAUCCGGUACUCGAUCACGAGUUCUUAUUGUUGUUAUUUUGCUUCCUCCUGAUAGAUGAUUUAUCCGCGGAAAAGACGACGGGAAACUGGUUGAAAGCCAAAAGUGGAAGGAAGAAGCGCUGUCCCUACACAAAGCACCAGACGCUGGAGCUGGAGAAGGAGUUCUUGUUCAACAUGUAUCUGUCUCGGGAGCGCCGCCUGGAGAUCAGCCGGAGUAUCAACCUGACCGACAGACAGGUCAAGAUCUGGUUCCAAAACAGACGCAUGAAGCUCAAGAAGCUCAACAGGGAGAACAGAGAGAGGGAACACAGCGCGAUUUAUAACUACCCCUGA